AUGUUGAAGAGAAAGCCAUCCAAUGUGUCUGAUAAGGAGAAAAGCCAAAAACCAAAGCGCACAAGUAGUUUUGGAAGCUUUGACCGUUUCAGACAUCACUCAGUAUCAAAGACAGAUGAUUCAGCUGAGGUGUCUGAACUGGAGACUGUAAGUGAUGUUGGAGAUGCAGUACAAACCAAAGCAGCAAGUAAUGGAAGAAGCCUGGGUAAGAAGAUGAGAGCCAUUUCCCUUACCAUGAAGAAAAAGAUGGGCAAAAAGUACAUCAAGGCACUCUCUGAGGAGAUGAAUGAAGAAGAAAAAGAUGACAGUGAUCCUGGUGGUGGAAUACACACUGAGAAGGGCUCCAUAAAAGCCAGUGACUCUAUGGAAAGUCUCUACAGUCUGAACAGUGGUCAGAGCUCAUCUAGUGGGGUGACCAGCUGCUCUGAUGGAACGAGCAACAGGGAUAGCCUCCGGUUUGAUGAUGAAGUCCCUUACAGUGGGCCAUUCUGUGGUCGAGCCAAAGUGCACACCGACUUCACACCAAGUCCUUAUGACACUGACUCUCUGAAAAUUAAGAAAGGAGAUAUUAUAGAUAUCAUCUGUAAAACCCCCAUGGGCAUAUGGACAGGCAUGCUGAACAACAAAGUAGGAAACUUCAAGUUCAUUUAUGUGGAUAUUAUUUUGGAAGAAGAAGCUGCACCCAAAAAGAUAAAGGCUCACAGAGGAAGCAAAAGGACCAAGCCUAAAACGUUGCAAGAACUCUUGGAAUGUGUCCAUCUGCAGGAAUACGCCUCAACGCUCUUGCUAAAUGGCUAUGAAACUCUAGAGGACUUAAAGGAUCUACAGGAGAGCCACCUGAUUGAAUUGAAUAUUUCAAACCCAGAAGACAGGACGAGAUUGUUAUCAGCAAUUGAAAAUCUACAGGACUAUGACAGUAAUCAAGAGCAGACAAGUGAGGGUGGUCAGGAGAUGCGGAGCUUAAGCCCUCAGCCCAGUUUUGACAAAUCACAGUUAAAUGACUGCCCAAGAGAUUCUGGCUGUUACAUCUCAUCAGAAAAUUCAGAUAAUGGUAAAGAAGAAGUAGACGCAGAAACCCUGUCUGACAUGGUGCAGUCAAUAACAGUCACUGAGUCAAACUGAUUCUGUUAAGCUGUAUUUCUGCAGAUGCUCAGAAAAGGCAAACAGAUAAGUGAAGUUGAUUUGCUGGUAUGGUGGCACAGAAGCAGAACA